CAAGUAAAAAAAUAUCUGCCCCCAAGGAAACAAUCUCAAGACACGGGAAAUCAUUGGGAGUGAGACUGGCAGCCAGGAGGGUCAGUGUCUGUGUAUUUAUAAGGAGCACAUACCUGGGAGAGAAACAGUCCUCCGCUCUGGCUUCAGGACUUCAGGCCUACAGAACACCAGCGAGAGAAUCACACGUGCGUUGGAGCAGGCGUUGGCAGAAGAGCAGAAGAAAGGAUGGGGUGGCUUCUCUCCCCGCCCUGGAGGCUGAUGGUGAUGGCAAUGACCUCGUGGUUCAUCGUAGUGGCAGCCAAUGCCUCUUCUUCAGAAGCGAAAAGAUGCUCGGAAUGCCACAGCAAUGCCAGCUGCACGAUGGAUGGGGUUGUCACCACAUGCACCUGCCAGGCGGGCUUCACCGGCAAUGGGCUGGAGUGUGAAGAUGUAGACGAGUGUGCCGUUCCUGGGAUGUACAACUGCUCAGCCAACACCAGCUGCGUGAACACACUGGGCUCCUAUGCGUGCAUCUGUCCGGAUGGCUUCUACCUGGUGCCCGGGAAGGGCUGUCUCGACGUGGAUGAGUGCCUGGAGCCGGAGGGGGCCCUCUGCCAUUCCCUGGCCACCUGCGUCAACGUGGAGGGCAACUACUCGUGCGUGUGUCCCCAGGGCUACGUGGGGGAUGGAUGGCACUGCAAGUGUUCCCCCGGAUCCUGCGGGCCUGGGCUGGACUGCCUGCCCCAGGGCCACGAGGGUGAGCUUGUGUGUGCCGAUCCGUGCCAGGCGUACCGCAUGCUGGAUGAGUACUGGCGCAGCGCUGAGUACGGCUCUGGCUAUUCCUGUGACACCAAAGUGCGAGGCUGGUACCGCUUCGUGGGCCAGGGUGGUGUCCGCAUGGCGGAGACCUGCGUGCCAGUCCUGCGCUGUAACACGGCCGCGCCCCUGUGGCUCAACGGCACGCACCCCUCCAGCGACCAGGGCAUCGUGAACCGCACGGCCUGCGCACACUGGAGCGGCCACUGCUGCCUGUGGGACACUCCUGUCCAGGUCAAAGCCUGCGCUGGAGGCUACUACGUCUACAACCUGACAGCGCCCCCCGAGUGCAAUCUGGCAUACUGCACAGACCCCACCUCAGUGGAAGGGACGUGUGAGGAGUGUGGAAUCGACGAGGACUGCAUAUCGGAUAACGGCAGGUGGCGGUGCCAAUGCAAACAGGACAUCAAUGUCACCGAUGUGUCCCUCUUGGAUCAAAGGCUGGGGUGCGGGACCAAUGACAUCAAGAUGUCCCUGAGCAAGUGCCAGUUGCAGAGCCUGGGCUUCAAGAAGGUCUUCAUGUACCUGCGGGACAGCCACUGCUCAGGCUUCAGCGAGAGGCGCGAGCAGGACUGGAUGUCCGUGGUGACCCCGGCCCGAGAUGGCCCCUGCGGGACAGUGCUGACGAGGAACGAAACCCACGCCACAUACAGCAACACCCUCUACCUCGCCAAUGAGAUCAUCGUCCGUGACCUCAACAUCAAGAUAAACUUCGCCUGCUCCUACCCGCUGGACAUGAAAGUCAGCCUGAAGACCUCCCUGCAACCAAUGGUCAGUGUCUUGAACAUCAGUGUGGGCGGGACAGGAAGGUUCACUGUGCGGAUGGCGCUUUUCCAGAGCCCUUCCUACACACAACCCUACCAAGGCCCCGCCGUGGCCCUGUCCACCGAGGCCUUCCUCUACGUGGGAACCAUAAUGGAUGGCGGAGACCUGUCCCGGUUUGCAGUACUGAUGACCAACUGCUAUGCCACCCCCAGCGGCAAUGCCACCGACCCCGUGAAAUACUUCAUCAUCCAGGACAGUUGUCCACAAACGGAGGACCAUACCAUUCAAGUGUUGGAGAACGGGGAGUCCCCUCAGAGCAGGUUUUCUGUACAGAUGUUCCGGUUUGCUGGGAACUAUGACCUGGUCUACCUGCACUGUGAGGUGAACCUGUGUGACAUGGUGAACAAGACGUGCAAGCCGACCUGUUCUGGGACCAGAUACCGAAGUGGGGGCUUCAUAGACAAAUCUCAUGUGCUGAACUUGGGCCCCAUCACCAGACAAAGUGUCCAGGCCCCCAUCUCCAGGGCUGCCUGCAGCGUAUUUGGGUUCCUGAAGGUCCUGCCACCUCUGCUUCUCUCGGCCACCCUGACCCUGUCAUUUCAGUGACAGCAGAAAACCCUGGGUUCUGGUUCCCAGCCCACUUCCUGCCGGCUAGGAGGGCAGAGGCAGCCAGUGGUCCAGCCAUAGGCAAGAGGCUGGGGCUCCCGCGUGCCUGCUCCAUGUGCCCUCCCCUCAGUCCUCGCUGCAAAAAACCAGCCCUGCCUUGAACUGAUGCUCAUUCUCCACAUGGGACUUGUGACGUGUCUGUACACGAGGCCCCUGUUUCCCCAAGAGUGCAGCAAAAUAAUAAUGGCAGAAAACUGGC